AUAUUGCAAGUGAAGCCUUGUGAUUUUCCAGAAAUAAAACAUGGAUAUCUAUAUGAUGAACGUUAUUAUAAACCAUACUUUCCAGUGCCUAUAGGAAAAUAUUAUUACUAUUACUGUAAUCAAAAUUUUUUGACUCCUUCAAACUAUCGCGGGGGUUAUAUUUAUUGCAGAGCAGAAGGAUGGUCACCAGCAGUACCAUGCCUCAGACAAUGUACUUCUACUCACUUGGAAAAUGGAAAGUUUCCAUAUUGGGGAAGAACAUAUUUACAGGGUGAAUCUGUAAAAGUGGAAUGCUAUUCUGGCUAUAGUCUUCCAGAUCAGCAGAGCUUAAUGACAUGUACAGAGAAUGGCUGGUCCCCUCCUCCCAGAUGCAUCCGUGUUGAAACAUGUUCAAAAUCAGAUAUAGAAAUUGAGAAUGGAUUUAUUUCUGAACCUGACUUUACAUAUCCCUUCUAUAAACGGGCACAAUAUAAGUGUAACCCAGGAUAUGUAACAGCAGAUGGUAAAACAUCGGGAUCAAUUAUAUGUCUGCAGAGUGGAUGGUCACAUCAACCCACAUGCGUUAAAUAUUGUGAGAUGCCAUUAUUUGAGAAUGCCAGAGCCAAAAGUAAUGGAACAUGGUUUAAGCUCAAUGACACCUUGGACUAUGUGUGCCAUGAUGGAUAUGAAAGCAGAGGUGGACGCGCCACAGGCUCCAUAGUUUGUGGUAAGGAUGGUUGGUCUGAUACAGCCACGUGUUAUGGUAAGUACUGUUUUUUCAGGUCUUCUUUUCUCCUGGGUUAACAAAAUUAACAAAAUUUGUUCCA